AUGCGUUUCAUCAAACAAUUUGUCCCUGCUGUGGCUGCUCUGACCGCGAUGAUGGUCGGGGCAGCCUCUGCCGUUUCUCACGGCGAAGGCUUCGUCCCAGAGGCUGUUCUUCGCGUUACCAUGGAAGAACGAAAGCAAUCUUGUGUUCCUUCCAAGGAAAUUUUGGUAGUCAAUGGCACCAGCCCAGGUCCUGCCCUUGUGUUCAAGGAGGGCAGAACCAUUUGGAUUCGGGUUUACAAUGAUAUGCAUCACGAAAACCUUACCAUGCAUUGGCAUGGCCUGACAAUGGCAACAGCCCCCUUCUCUGACGGAACUCCCAAUGCUGCUCAAUGGCCCAUUCCUCCCGGUUACUUCUUCGAUUAUGAGCUUUUUGUCCCCUUUGGCAUGGCAGGUACCUACUUUUACCAUUCCCAUGUUGGAUUCCAGGCGACCUCUGCUACAGGUCCUUUGAUUAUCGACGACUCCCAUGAAAAGCCUCACCACUAUGAUGACGAACGUAUUCUCUUUAUCCAGGAUGUCUUUCCAGAUACCGACGAGUUUAUUGAGAAAGCGUUGCUGGCAGUCCCCAUGGAAUAUGAAAGGGCACAAGAAAUGGUGCUUAUCAACGGCAAAGGAGCUGGUCUCACCAGUCCAGGCCCGGCAUGCAAUGAUACAUUGACGGUGAUUGAUGUCGAACCUGGACAAACCUACCGCAUGAGACUGAUUGGUGGCACUGCGUUGUCUUUUGAUAUGCUGGCUAUCGAGGGCCACGAGGAUCUUCAGGUGAUCGAGGCUGAUGGAGCCUACACUGAGGCGCACAACACUUCAUUCAUGCAAGUCAGCCCUGGUCAAAGAUUUAGCUUCCUUCUUCAUACUCUUGAAAAGCCCAAGAAACAGCACUACUUCUUGCAGUUGGAAAGCCGCGAAUUCGGAGGUCUCACUCGAUCAUACGCGGUCAUCAACUACGGUCCUGAAUCUGGAGAACACACCAAGGUCUAUCCACCGGCAACACCUCCUCUCACUCUGCCUCCCACGGACCCCAACUGGCUAGAGUACCAGCUUCGCCCUCUCAACAGCACAGAAUUCCCCAUCUCAUCUCUUUCUGCCAAGCAUUUCCCUACUGCAGAAGAAGUGACGCGCCGUGUCAACAUCACAUCUCAUCUUGAGAUCCCCGGUGGUGGUCUUCUUUACAAGAUCAACGGCUACACCUGGAAUGAAGGCCUUGUACCUGAGCCCUACCUUGUCACUCUCUAUAAGGAUGGUGGUUCCAACUGGCCCUCUAUGGAGCGCGCUCUUAAGAAUGAUGGUUUGGACCCUAAGGUCUAUGCCUUCCCGGCUCUCAUUGGUGAGGUUCUUGAGAUUGUUGUACAAGGCACCGGUUCCGAAGGUGGUGGAACGGAGACGCACCCAUGGCACGCUCACGGUGCUCACUACUGGGAUUUGGGUGCUGGCGAGGGUGUUUACGAUCGCGAGGCAAAUGAGGCAAAGUGGAGGAACUCGCCUGGACAUCCCAUCAAGAGAGAUACGACCAAUCUUUUCAUGUAUAGUGGAAAGGCCAAGAACAACACCCUAUCGGCAUGGAGAGCUUGGAGAGUGAGAAUCGAUACCCCGGGAGUCUGGAUGAUUCAUUGCCAUCUCUUACCUCAUAUGGUGUGGGGUAUGCAAACUGCUUGGGUUAUGGGCAACCAGUCUCAAGUACUUGGCUUGAUCGACAGACCCGGUGUUGAAGGCUAUCUCACCUACGGAGGAAGUGUUGUUGGAAAUACCACCAACCCACCAGAUGUGAUUGAGUUCUUCUCUCUCGAUGAAUGGGAGGGUGGCGAUAUUCCCCGCGAGAACCCGGAUUCGAAGAAAGAAGUCUAAUUUCGACAAGGAAAUAGCCUUUUACAGGCUAGCGUUUGUUAGCCAGCCAGUCAGUCUGAGAAUAGUGAAUUGAAACGGGGCCAUGUUACGGGGCCUCCGCUCAGAUCAAUAUACCUACCUCAGAAACAUUUGUCAUU